UCCCUCUCGGAACUUUGAAAACGUGGAAGCACACCCCAGACCCCACACCAGUCCCCGUUUGUUCCGCAGCAAAACAAAAGCACCGCGUCUUCCCCGUGCGGGGAAAAAGAAAAGAAAAGAACCCUCAAUUUUCCGGGAAAACCCUCCCCACAAUGGUUUCCCGGGAAAACACCAAUUGGCUCUUCGAUUACGGCUUGAUCGACGAUAUUCCCGUUCCGGACGCCACCUUUGGCGUCAAUUCCUCCGCCUUCACAUGGCCCCCUAAUGCCUUGAACGCUUCCUCCAAUGUCGGCGUUGAAAUUGAUGGCUCGUUGGGGGAUUCUGACAGUCUCAAAGAGUCUGGCUCAAAGAAAAGGGUUAGGUCUGAGUCAUGUGCUGCUUCUGGCUCCAAGGCAUGUCGGGAGAAGUUGAGAAGGGAUAGGCUUAAUGACAAGUUUGUUGAAUUGGGCGCCAUUUUGGAGCCUGGAAGGCCUGCCAAAACAGACAAGGCUGCUAUCCUGAUUGAUGCUGUCCGAAUGGUGACCCAGUUACGGGGUGAAGCCCAGAAGUUGAAAGACACUAAUCAGGGUCUUCAAGAAAAGAUUAAAGAGUUAAAGGCUGAGAAGAACGAACUUCGCGAUGAGAAACAGAGGCUCAAGGCAGAGAAGGAGAAACUGGAGCAGCAGCUGAAAUCUUUGAAUGCACAGCCUAGUUUCAUGCCUCCCCCUGCUGCAAUGCCUGCUGCAUUUGCGGCACAAGGCCAAGCCCAUGGCAACAAGUUGGUACCUUUUAUUAGUUAUCCCGGAGUUGCAAUGUGGCAAUUCAUGCCACCUGCUGCAGUGGAUACCUCACAGGAUCAUGUUCUCCGUCCACCAGUUGCCUAAGCUGGCACUGUACAAUUCUCUGGGCCAGCAUUUUGGCUCAAGGUUGUAUCCAUUUUACCAAUACCUUCUUGGCUUUGUUAGUUCUCUUCUAAGUAUUCUAACUGGACCCAGUGGUGACUUCUGACUAUAUCUGGCAUAUGAUACUAUUAUGAUUAAUGCUGGUAGUUGCAUGUAAAUCAGUCAAUGUUAAAUAAGCUUGUCUGGCUGUCUUCACUUCCGUUUUUAUUGUUGCUACUGGGUUCUAAAGAUAAUCCAAGGUUAGGUUGGCAGUAGCAUUAUUUUGGUUUAGGCUUUGCAAGAUAUAUUUUAACAAUGAAGGAAGCAAUAGAGCUA